AGUCUCAUCUCCUCAAACACAACCAUUACAGAAGGCGAAAGAAAAUUCAAGAUAGCAAUACGCACCGUUCCCUUCGUUUUCUUCCUCUUCAUUAUCUUACCGGGAAAUGGUCGAUCUGGACUGCAAAGCAAAGAUGAUCUCACCUAACAUGCCAAAUAUGCCAAACAAAUCCACUAAGCUUUCUACCAAAAUUCACAUAUCCAUCCCUCCAACGGCGUCGUUCCCUCCAGUAACGAAUCGGUCGCCGGUUGCAGCUUCCGAUUCGGCUUGCUCGGCUUACGAGCAGUAUCUUCGCAUACCGGAGCUUAGUAAGAUAUGGAGCUUUAGGCAAUUUUCUGGAUGGGAGAACGAGUCGAUUCUUAAACCGGCGUUGCAGGCUCUAGAAAUCACGUUUCGGUUAGUUUCUACGGUUUUGUCGGAUCCGAGGCCGUAUGUCAACCAGCGGGAGUGGAAAAGACGGUUAGAGUCGCUCGCGGCUAGUCAGGUUGAGCUCAUCGCGAUGAUGUGUGACGAGGAGGAAGAGAACGGCGAGACACGUGGAAACGCGCCGAUCGCGGAUCUGAGCUCUUCCACCGGAGUACUGGCACGCGAUGGAAGUUUCGCUGAGGUAUGGAAGGCUCCUGGAGAUUCCGUCGUGGUCAACCGGACAAGCGAGGCCAGCCUCCUCCCUCGUCUCGCUACGUGGCAGAAAUCUGAGGACAUAGCGCAGAAGAUCCUAUACUCCAUCGAGUGCGAGCUCCGCCGGUGUCCGUACACUCUAGGUCUCGGCGAACCUAACCUCACCGGCAAGCCAAACCUCGAGUACGACGCCGUUUGCAGGCCAAACGAGCUUCACGCUCUGAAAAAGAGUCCAUACGAUUUGGAUAACCACGAGAACCAGACUCUGUACACAACGCACCAGAUAUUCGAAUCGUGGAUCUACACAGCCCAAGAACUAAUUAAACGCAUCGUUUCGAGGAUCGAGAGCAAGAAAUUCGACCAAGCAUCAAGCCACUGCUACUUGCUGGCGCGGAUAUGGAAGUUUCUAGAAGAAAUUCAAGAUCUCCACCUUCUAAUGGAUCCGGAUGAUUUUCUAAAGCUGAAGAAUCAAUUGUCGAUCAAAUCGGUAGACGAAACGGAGGCGUUUUGUUUCAGAUCAAGAGGACUCGUGGAGAUAACAAAAGCAUGCAGGGACUUGAAGCACAAGGUACCGGAAAUUCUAGGAGUGGAGGUGGAUCCCAAAGGUGGGCCCAGGGUACAGGAGGCAGCGAUGAGAUUGUACGGUGAUAAGAGGGAUGCGGACAAGAUCCAUCUGCUACAGGCAUUGCAGGGGAUAGAGGCCGCCUUGAAGCGGUUCUUCUACGCGUACAAGCAGGUGUUGGUGGUGGUGAUGGGGAGUUUGGAGGCCAAAGGAAACAAAAUAUUCACGAGUUCCGACUCGUGCGACUCGCUGAGUCAGAUAUUCCUGGAGCCCACUUGUUACCCGAGUUUGGAUGCUGCUAAGACGUUCUUGGGAGAGUUUUGGGGGGCACGAGUCACUCGUGAGUAGAAGUUGGGCUCAAUAUUUGACCGACUUGGUAGAAUUGGAUAGAGGAUUAUAUAUGUACUUGAAUUGGAGGAUUGAAAUCUAAUUAUUCUUUGGAUUGUUUAUUUGCUAAAUUUUCUUUAAUUUGUAUGAUUUUUUGUUGGUAGAAUUGGCAUGAACAUGUGUUCGUUCA